AUAAACGUCGAUGAGGUAGUCCCCACGUAACUGAGUCACACGUCAUCGAUAAGGUUACACGCACACUGGAUCACAUCCCUUUAACCGCAACGCUAAUCCAAAAUCCAAACCGAAACAAACCCAUCUCAGUUCUCCCCCAAAUCGGAAGAGAAAAAAAUGGACCGUUCUGCACCGGAAAAACUGAUCCUUGUGAGCCGGGAGCCGGGAGGGAUUGCGUUCGUAACCAUCAACCGGCCGAAGUCGCUGAACUCGUUGACCAAGUCUAUGAUGACGGACCUGGCCCAGGCUUUCAAGGCCCUGGACCGGGACGAGUCGAUCCGAGUGAUAGUCCUGUCCGGGUCCGGUCGGGCUUUCUGCUCGGGUGUGGACCUGACCGCGGCGGAGGACGUGUUCAAGGGCGACGUGAAGGACUCGGAGUCCGACCCGGUGGCCCAGAUGGAGCGUUGCCGAAAGCCUAUAAUCGGAGCCAUCGGAGGGUUCGCGGUCACCGCCGGGUUCGAGAUCGCGCUCGCUUGUGAUAUUCUGGUCGCUGCUAAGGGAGCCAAGUUUAUGGACACUCACGCUAGGUUUGGAAUAUUUCCUUCCUGGGGUCUCUCUCAGAAGCUUUCACGUAUAAUUGGUCCCAACAAAGCGCGUGAAGUUUCUUUGGCAGCCAUGCCACUAACUGCCGAAAUAGCUGAGAAGUUGGGCUUCGUCAACCAUGUUGUUGACGAAGGUGAAUUGUUGAAAAAAGCCAGAGAAAUUGCUGAAGCCAUUGUGAAAAAUAAUCAGGACUUGGUGUUGAGGUAUAAGUCAGUCAUAAAUGAUGGCCUCAAGCUGGACUUGGGUCACGCCCUUGCGCUAGAAAAGGAGAGGGCUCAUGAGUAUUACGAUGGAAUGACCAAAGAACAGUUCAAGAAGAUGCAGGAAUUCAUAGCAGGCCGGAGUUCAAAGAAACCUUCUUCAAAGAUGUAGAAUUGCCGAAGUACCGGACCUCUGUUGCCAAAAUAACACCCACUGCCUCUCUUUUAGGCAGAAAUUCUGCAUAUAAGAGCAUUGGUAUUGGUUUGGUCAAAUUCAUCUUUAAAUUUGACUAAUAUCAAUAAUUUUUUUAUAUUUGCCUAUUUCAUCAAAAUUCAAUCUCCA